AGCUUUUCUUUAGAAGUGGAGACUCUCCAAACUGACAGGACUACACAACAGACCCAGGAGAGACAACACACAGUUCUGGGAUUACUUCUUGAGGAAUAUUCUAAUCGAAAACACUAACUUCACACAGUAUUUGGCUAUCAUUUUCUUCUGUUUUACAGUUUUCACCAGGGUUUGUACAACACAGGACUAUUUUGAAAUCAUAACAAUUCCUUUCACAAUAGUCCCACAGGCGUUGUGAGUCUGGCAAGCAGAGGCUACUUUCACACAAGCUUCGAACUAUCUUUAUAGUAUCAUCAGUUGUUUUUGGACUUUUUGGGCUGUGGACUGUCCAAUUCACCGUCUUGAGUCACUCUGACUGCCUGGACCAUUUUACGUUUUUAUAAACAGUUUUUGGAGACUAUUCUACCCUAGGACUACCCUACCUCUCAUUGCCAUGGCGAACAGCUGUCUCCAGCUCAGCGGUUUUGUGAUGAGUUGUAUCGGCUGGGUCGGGAUCCUUAUCGCCACGGCCACCAACGACUGGGUAGUGACAUGUAAAUACGGCAUGAACACCUGCAAGAAGAUGGACGAGUUAGGAGCCAAGGGCCUGUGGGCUGAAUGUGUCAUUUCAACCGCCCUCUAUCACUGUAUAUCACUGACACAGAUAUUGGACCUACCGGCAUACAUCCAGACGUCGAGGGCGUUGAUGAUAACUGGAUCCCUCCUGGGGCUGCCUGCAGUGGGGAUGGUCCUAACAGCCACGCCCUGCAUCUCUCUGGGUGAUGAGCCUCAGUCAGCCAAGAACAAACGAUCCCUACUUGGGGGAGUUCUCAUACUGCUAGUGGCUCUGUGUGGGGGGGUGUCCACAGUAUGGUUUCCUAUCGGAGCUCACCAGGACCAGGGACUCAUGUCGUUUGGGUUCAGCCUGUACGCUGGCUGGGUGGGCACGGCCUUCUGUCUCCUGGGAGGGGCCAUGAUCACCUGCUGUUCUACUGAACCGUCCCAACACUACAAUCACCAUGACAACGACAGGUUCUACUACUCCAAAGGACAGGGGCCUGGCAACCCUGUUCCACCCUCCACUAACCACGCCAAGAGUGCCCAUGUUUAGACACACAUGAAGUACAUACAUGCACACACACACACGCACACACACACACACACACACACACACAGACACACACCAGUGUUGUGUAACGCAGAGCGACGUCUAACCUGGUGCCUGAAGAGAAACCAAGGGGUCCUGAUCGGGACAAGCCUGCUCUGACGAAGGACUUAUUUUCAUCUCUUUGUUAUACAAUGAAGGCUAGGGAUAGGGUUCUUUGUUUUACAAUGAAGGCUAAGGUUAGGGUUCUUUAUUUGACAAUGAAGACUAAGGUUAAGGUUAGGGUCCUUUGUUUUACAAUGAAGGCCAAGGUUAGGGUUCUUUAUUUUACAAUGAAGACUAAGGUUAGGGUUAGGGUUCUUUAUUUUACAAUGGCUAGGGUUAGGGUUCUUUAUUUUACAAUGAAGGCUAAGGUUAGGGUUCUUUAUUUUACAAUGAAGGCCAAGGUUAGGGUUCUUUAUUUUACAAUGAAGACUAAGGUUAGGGUUAGGGUUCUUUAUUUUACAAUGGCUAGGGUUAGGGUUCUUUAUUUUACAAUGAAGGCUAAGGUUAGGGUUCUUUAUUUUACAAUGAAGGCUAGGGUUAGGGUUCUUUGUUUUACAAUGAAGGCUAAGGUUAGGGUUCUUUGUUUUACAAUGUAGGCUAGGGUUAGGGUUCUUUAUUUUACAAUGAAGGCUAGGGUUAUGGUUCUUUGUUUUACAAUGAAGGCUAAGGUUAGGGUUCUUUGUUUUACAAUGAAGGCUAAGGUUAGGGUUCUUUGUUUUACUGUGAAGGAUAACUGUGGAUGGAAAGUACUGUGCACCUGUCAGUGCAUUUUAUAGAAAAUAUAGUGUACCUUUUUUAAUAAAGACUGUCUUGAUUUGUAGUUUUUUGAUAAA